CAAAGUUUUCCAGUAGAAGGUUGAUCAGGAAAAUUACUUCUGAGCUGAUGCGAGUCAAACAGAGGGACGGAGAAUCUCUGAAGAAUUAUAUGAGCAGAUUCAAUAAUGCAGUACUGGAAGUUAGCUCCUUCGACCAGGCUGUGGGAAUUGCAGUUGUAAUCUUGGGUCUUAACCAUGAGAGAUUCAGAGAUAGUUUGAUCAAACAUCCUGCUACAACCUUUAACGAGAACCAAAACCCAGACUGGAAAGAUGAGAAUCCAAGCAGGAAACGAAUGAGGACAGCACAGAACCGAGGUCCGAUGUCGACCUCCACACUGAGAUUUGAAAGGCUGAACUCAACACCCUCACAACAGUCUGUAGGUAAACCUCCAGUUACUUGGACCCCUUUAAACUUGUCGAGAUCACAAAUCUUCAUGCAAAUUAAGAAUAAAAUGGACUUACGACGUCCGGGUCCAAUGAGAACUGCUGCUGCUACCAGAGACCAUACAAGGUACUGUGAUUUUCAUCAAGAUCACGGUCAUACAACAGAACAAUGCAACAGCCUGAGGUCCAAGCUAGAAAGUCUAGCCCAGAAAGGAAUGUUGAAUGAGUACAUUCAGAGGGUUGAACAGCCAAGAUUUGUCAGAGAACAAAGCCCACAACCUCAAGGAAUCUGUAAUCCACCUAACCGACAAGGACUAGGGCAUCAACAAGCCCUACCUCCACUUCCACCACCAGCCAUAAUUAUACACAUGAUUACAGGAGGAUUGGAAGCAGGAGGGUUGAGCUCCAAACAGAGAAAAUUGUAUGUCAGAGAGGUAAAGCACCAGAACCGAGCUCAGAAGAGGAAACUUGAUGAUACUGAUUGGAAAGAUCAACCGAUCACUUUUACACUCGCUGAUUUUGAAGGGUGUUCGGUUUCUAGUGGUCAAGAUGCCUUCUUCUUUCAACGUUGUCAUUGGCCAGCCCACAUUAACAGAGAUCCGAGCUGUGGUGCAAGGCCACAAAAAAACAGAGAUCAACCAGCAGAAAACCCUCCACUGAAAAUCCAUGACAAUCAGCAAGUGAUGGAGGUUGAAAUCCUCGAUAAUCGACCUGAGGAUGAAACCCGAGCUGCUCCGGGUGAAGAUGUUGAGAAGGUACAGAUUGAUGAGAAAGACUCGAACAGGAAAACACAGAUAGGAACUCAGUUGAGCCCUAAGGAGAGAGCAGAGUUGAUAGCCUUUCUCCAAGCUAACAAAGAUGUUUUCGCAUGGACCUCAGCAGACAUGCCGGGAAUUCCCACCUCAGUAUCUCAACACAAACUUAGCACCAAUUCACUCAAGAAACCAGUGGCCCAGAAGCGAUGCCUCUUUGGGGGGGAGAGGUUAAAGGUCAUCAAAGAAGAAGUUGAAAAACUCCUACAAGCUGACUUCGUCAAAAGGGUCGAUUACUGUGGAUGGGUCGCCAAUCUUGUGUUGGUGAAAAAAGCAAAUGGCAAAUGGCGGAUGUACAUCGAUUACACUAACCUCAACCAGGCAUGUCCAAAAGACUGUUACCCAAUGCCGAACAUGGAUAAGCUGGUUGAGACAACUUCUGGAAACGAGAGGUUAAGUCUCUUGGAUGCAUACUCUGGCUACCACCAAGUCCCGAUGGCUCUUGGGAACGAAGAAAAAACCGUGUUCUAUGCCGGAGACGAAAUCUACUGCUACGUAAUGAUGCCCUUUGGCUUAAAGAACGCAGGUGCCAAUUACCAGAAGAUGGUUACCAUCGUAUUCCGAGCUCAAAUAGGCUUCAUGGUGUCCAGAAGGGGGAUUGAGGUUAACCCCGAGAAGAUCAAAGCAAUGGCCGAAAUGGAACCACCAAAGUCAAUGAAAGAUGUACAGAGGUUGACAGGGAGAGUGGCAACUCUUCAUAAAUUCAUCUCGAAAUCAGCAGAUAAAUGCCUGCCGUUCUCCAAGAUCAUGAGAUUGGCAACCCAGAAGGAUGAAUCUGGCAAACAAAAGAAAUUCGAAUGGAAUUCAGAAUGCCAAGCUGCAUUUGACGAGCUGAAGUCUUAUCUUAGCUCACCCCCUUUGCUGACAAAGGCUAAUGAUGGAGAAAUCCUCUACUUGUACCUCGGCAUAUCAGAUGAAUCUAUCAGUUCUGUGCUAGUGAGGGAAGAGGGGAAGCAACAGAAGCCAGUUUAUUACACCAGCAAUUUCAUAGUAGAAUGCACCUCGACUCACUCUGAUUCCCAGCCCACGUUGGACAGCUGGAUUCUAUAUGUUGAUGGAGCAUCAAGUAACAAAGGUUCUGACGCUGGUGCAAUCCUACUUGGCCCAGAUGGGUACCGAAGUGAAUAUGCUCUGAAAUUUAAUUUUGAUGCCACCAAUAAUAUGGCUGAGUAUGAAGCUCUGCUACUCUACUUACAAUUGGCCAUAGAACUGAAGGUUACAGUAAUACAAACAUACAGUGAUUCCCAAUUGGUAGUCAAUCAGGUCAACUCAGUCUGUGAAGUGGUUGAUCUUAUUAUGAUGAAGUAUGCAACUCUGGUGGCUGAGCUGAAAUCCAAAUUCCAGAAAUUUCGCCUGAACAAAAUACCCCAAGCUGAAAAUGAGAAAGUAGAUUCCCUCUCCAAAUUUGCUUCCGAUGGCAACCAAAGCUCUAGAUCGGUCUUUGUUGAAAUUCUGGACGAGCCCAACUUCUUAAAGCCAAAAAUGAUGGAAAUCAGCACAUAUCCUAGCACACCGAGCUGGACAGAUCCAAUUAUCUCAUUUUUACGGGAUGGAACAGUGCUUGCAGAUAAGCAAGAAGAGAUGAGGUUGAGAAAGAAAGCAUCUCGGUAUACCCUUGUUAAUGAAGUCCUCUACAAGAGAUCUUUCUCACUCCCUCUACUCCGCUGCUUGAACUCUUAUGAGGCUGAAUACACACUUCGGGAGGUGCAUGAAGGUGUCUGCGGAAGCCAUAUUGGUGCUCGAACUUUGGCUCAUAAAGUCCUUAGACAAGGAUAUUACUGGCCCAACAUGUAUAAAGAUGCCACCCAGUUCGUAUAGAGAUGCUCGAAGUGCCAAUUCUUCGCACAUCUGACUCACUAACCAGCAGAAGAGCUCACGAACUUGGUAGCACCAUGGCCAUUUACUCAGUGGGGAUUGGAUCUUUUAGACCCAUUUGUGAAAGGGGUUGGUGGUGUAACCCAUCUGAUUGUUGGUGUGGAUUAUUUUACAAAAUGGGUUGAAGCUCGGCCAUUAUCCAGUCUUA